GGUGGCCGAGAGGGUGCUGGUAGUGAGGCGGAUGCCUUGCCCCAAGUGCCGGCUGGUGGGGCUGAGGGCAGGUCCGGGGCCUGCCCCGUCCGCGCGGUGGGACGUUCCCUCGGCGCCGCCUCGCUGGGGACCGCAGCAGAGAGGGAGAGGGAUCUCUCCGCUGCAGACCCGUCGGCGUGCAGCUGCUCCGGUUAACCCAGGACCUCCUGCGCUGCCUGCGCACUUCUCUGAACUAGCCCUGGCCGUUGGGCAGCUACGGGGUGAGUCUCGCCGGCUGGCCAAUGCCCUUGGAAACCGACCCAGCAACAGGCUAAUUGCUGUACGAGUAAAGGUUAAUUUCGGUCUGGUCAGAGUAGCAUCCCGUCAACAGGAAGGGAUGGGAAGGCAAGGUACAAGAAAGGAAGAACUGGGUCAGUGUUCCUGCAGCAGCGUGGCUGAGAGGCUUAUGCGGGAGAGUCGGGGCAACAAAACUUUUUGGAACGACAGCAGGAUGGUUGCAAAAGAGUGGCUGAAAGCAUUUAUCAUGUUGGGCUCUGGGUUCAAGGCUGAGCGCUUGCGAGUCAACCUGCGCCUUGUCAUCAAUCGCCUCAAACUGCUGGAGAAAAAGAAGACUGAGUUGGCCCAGAAGGCAAGGAAGGAGAUUGCAGAUUAUCUGGCAGCCGGAAAAGAUGAGCGUGCCAGGAUUCGUGUGGAGCACAUCAUCCGUGAAGAUUACCUUGUGGAGGCCAUGGAGAUCCUGGAGCUGUACUGCGAUCUGCUGCUAGCCCGCUUUGGCUUGAUUCAGUCCAUGAAGGAGCUGGACUCUGGCCUGGCAGAAGCAGUGUCUACGCUGAUUUGGGCUGCACCACGACUCCAGUCGGAAGUGGCUGAGCUGAAGAUUGUUGCUGACCAGCUGUGUGCCAAGUACAGCAAGGAGUAUGGGAAGCUGUGCCGGACAAACCAGAUUGGGACAGUCAAUGACAGGCUGAUGCACAAGCUGAGCGUGGAGGCACCGCCCAAGAUUCUGGUGGAGAGAUACCUCAUUGAGAUUGCCAAGAACUACAAUGUGCCCUAUGAGCCUGACUCAGUGGUGAUGGCUGAAGCCCCUGCAGGUGGAGAGGCAGAUCUAAUUGAUGUGGGAUUCACAGAUGAUGUGAAGAAGGGUGGCCAUGGAGGGGGAGGAGGUGGUGGAUUUACAGCCCCACUGAUUGGUCAUGAUGGAAUAGUACCCAUGCCAGUGAUGAUGCCUAUGCCCAUGCCAACGCCAAAUCCGCCCUUCUCCUAUCCGCCUCCAAAGGGACCGGAGAACUUCAAUGGCCUGCCAGUGGGGACCUACCAGCCUUUCACUAACAUCCAUCCACCACCAAUUCCAGCAGCCCCACCAACAUAUGAGUCUAUUGAUGAGCCUAAUGCUGACAAGGAUGCUUCUGCGCCGGUGGCUGGGCCUGGGCCCAAGUCAGAAGCUUCUCCUAAACCAAAAGCUGGAGCUCCUAAUACCUUUGAUAACUUUGUGCUGCCUGAAUUACCAUCCGUGCCAGAUACACUGCCGACAGCAUCUGCUGGCGCCAACUCUUCUGCCUCUGAAGACAUUGACUUUGAUGAUCUUUCUCGGAGAUUUGAGGAGCUAAAGAAGAAAACAUAAAGCUGACUGGGCUGUAACUCCAGUAUGAGGGGCAGGAGCUGUGACAGCUGCUUCUCUCUGAAACAGACUCCCCUUGAAACUGGUUUCCUGUAUUAACCUCAAAUGAAUGCGCUCUUCUUUUUGA